AUGGUUGACAUUAGAAGGAGGAUGGGGUCCGCAGCAACAGCGAUUCAGACCCAAAGGAGUAAAGGAGUAUGUUAUCAAGUUCUUUAUCAGAAGCAGAACUCGGGAUCAAAGCUUCAACUUCAACCAUUGCCGAAGAAGAGACGGGGUCCGACACGAUGCAAGAAUGUCAUAGACGCGAAAACCUUAUUACCUUUAAGGGUUAAUAAGUUUGGACAGCCGAUCGGUCCUGAGAGUGGUACAUAUACUAAUUAUCUGGGAACACUUGCCCGGAAGGGUGAAUUAGCUCCUUUGUGCUACAAAACUUGGUGGGAGAUGCCUAAACGGUUGAACGAGGAUAUGUGGAACAUUGUAAAGGAAAAUAUGAUGUGGGAAUCAUGACAAAACAGUGGACAAUAUCCUCCAUCGGAAAAAAAUGGAGGGGGUACAAGUGUGAGUUGAAAAAUGAAUACUACUCAGUUAGGGAUACAGAUGAAGAAAGAUUGGCAAACCCACCACUUAAUGUUGAAAAGGAGCA